AUGUCUCACUCGCUCCCUACGCCCUUCACCCCCAACAGCGACUUUGCUGCUCUCGAUGCCCAUCGCUUCCCUACCGGCACGAUUUCCAUCACUGCUCUGGCACGCUUCGAGUUCGAGGCCGGCAAAGCCAACGAUGGCACCAAGAUCCUGAUGAUCGAAUGGGAGGACGACGAUCUGGCCCGCUCGUCCUUCCCAGGGGGCUCGUGGCACGUUGCCUGGGAAGGCAAAAUGGCCGUGCUUCCGGCCGACGAGAAGACCAGCAACAACACCCGUCGAAUGUACUUUCUGCUGCCGCCAUACAUCACCAUUCCUCCGACGGUUACCCUGUCGUACGAACCCCCGGCCCAUGCCCCCGAAUCCGCGAAGAACCCCGAACCCCUACAAUUGAACCCGCUGCCGGCGAUCUUUCCCCCGGAGCUAGGGGCCGACGGCCGCUCGGCAGGCAAGAAAGGAGUGCUGCACACAAUAUGGGCGAAGAAGCGACUGCAGGUGCUGGAGAAGGAGAUCCAUGAUGAAUGUCUGCACAAUGCCGAGGGCAUUGCGCUGCACAUGGUCCUGCAGGAGAAGGAAUGGAUCGAGACGAAUUUCGGGGUCUCACUGUCCCCUGACGGGGCCCGCGUCGUGGGCCAGAGUCAUCCGGAUCCGCACUACCCCAUGGGUCCUGCGACACCGGUGUCGCCCAGCAGCGGAGGGAAGCUGGGCGAGAAGCUACGGGGGUUGAAGCUGCAGACCAGCGAGAGGGAAUUGUCCCCGACUACGGGACACCAUCUCCUCUCCCCCCAAUCUCCAGACGUCGCCGUCUCCUCGUUCAAUUCCUUCCAUACCAUGCGCGCCACGCAUACCCCGACCCCGGUGCCUGAUACGGUGCGGACAGUAGUGCACUACCCGCCCGAGUCAGUGCAGGCACAACAGAAUGUAGAACACCACACUGGUUUUGCAUCGCUGGGGCAGUGCGCACAGGCAACGGCAACGGCGACGGCGACGAGCUAUUUGCCAAGGCACUGA